AUGGAUUCCGGGUCAACUUCGGCGGGGACUAUCAUCUUCAAGGCAUUUAUGCCUACGCUGAAGAUGGUGCUAUGCAUUUUGCUUGGGUUCUUUGCUACCAAAAAAGGAUGGUUGACGGCUGCCGGUGCUAAAGGUCUAGGAGCUAUCGUCAUUCAAAUCACAUUACCCGCUUUGAUGUUCUCAUCCAUGGUGACCGCUUUCACACCAGAGAACAUCGGCGCAUUCGGUCCUCUAAUGGUGAUAGCGAUCAUGUAUCAACUACUGGGGCUAUCCUUUGCUUGGGUAAUUAGGGAAUUGUUUUAUGUACCUAUAGAUUUUAGAUGGGGUAUUCUCGUGUCCGGCUUGACAUCAAAUUGGGGCAAUCUACCCACUGCGAUUGUGCAAACCAUGGCAAAAGAAGCACCUUUCAACCCGGCUGUGGACGUAGAUCUCGGUGUAGCAUAUGUCGCCAUCUUCAUCUUCAUCAUGAAUACCACGUUCUGGGCUUUGGGUGUGCAUAAGCUUUGUGCGUGGGACUUCCAGGAAAAUCGAAGGCGGCAAGACCAAGCGCCAUUGAAAGAGAGAUGGUCAUCACAGUUAGAAUCGACAAAAGGCAAGUUCUCGAAGAUGACGGGACUGAGAAGUCGUACCAAGGUAGACUUGGAGAAUCAAGUCAUAUCGGAAGCGGAGAUGACGGACAGAGUAGAAGAUACAGGAGACGACAAGACAUUCGCUGAAAACGAUAUCGAGCCGUAUGUUCCCCCAGCGUCAAGUAGCUCCAAUCAAGUGUCUGCAUCCGUACUUCACGAUGCCAUGCCCACUACUCCGCCAUCUCUGACACAAAGUUCUAGCAGACAUUCUCAUCACUCAGGCAAUACUAUCCGAACGGAUCAUGCCGAUUCUGACACUCGAAACCCCGAUAUUGAAAUGGUCAGGAAGCCGAAGACAUCUUUGUGGAAAAGAAUACUGCAUUUCAUCAGAGAUCUACCCAAUGUGACCAAAGCGAUCGUUAUCGCCAUUCCUAUAUCUACGAUCCAACCUCUCAAAUCUCUAUUUGCCACUACAGAAGGUUGGACAGGCGGGAAAAUGCCCAAUGCGCCCGAUGGAAAUCCUCCAUUACACUUCAUCAUCGAAACUGCUUCGUUCUUGGGAGCAAUCGCUGUGCCUGGAGCUCUACUGUUAUUAGGAGCGAGUUUUGCGAGAUUAAAGAUGCCGAAGAAUUGGAAAGAAUUACCUAUCGGAGCAAUCAUAGCUCUUACGACGUCCAAGAUGAUCUUGGUACCGGUGUUUGGCAUAUUUAUCAUACAAGCUUUGAGAGAUCAUACCACGUUACUACCCCGUGCAGAUAAGACUGAUUCGUUAUCGACCUUUUUGCUCUUACAAUAUGCUCUGAUGUUUAUAUUAUCAACAGCGCUUACAGCGAUAGCACUGUAUAUAGUAGAAAGAUAG